AUGGCUGGCACAGUCUCACUCGGCGAGCUCAGACAGCGCUACAACGCCGCAACCCGCGCAUUCCUCGUGCGCGACUACACCACGACCGCCUCGUCGCUCCAUGACGCCCUCGCCCGCUGUCCUCGCCUCCCACCCAGCGCCUGGUUCGACGAGCUGCGUGAUUCGGGGGCAACACUGCCCGUAGAAGAGAUCCGCCGACGCCUCGAGAUCCUUCAGAUCACCUUCCUCGCGACUGUCCGCUCAUCGCCCGCCGCACUCUCUCCAGCAUCGAAUCUCACGCCCCUGCUCGACCUGCCGCCCGCGAAACUCGUCCACGCACUGUGGAAGAGUCUUCUCUCGACGGAGAGACAAGCGUUGCCAUCCAUUGAGGUGAAGGACAGCGAGGACGACAUCCUCCCCACACCCUCUGCCGCCUACCUUCAUCCCUCGCUCGCCGUCUCGCUCGCUCUCGCAGCACUCAAGCUCGACGAACCAAGACUCGCCCGCGCGAUCGCCGAGGCGUGGUUCGGAUCCGUGAGCGAGGACGUCGAACGCAUGGUCUGGGAGACGAGCGGGACGUUGGACUGGGAGGGCGGCGAAUUCUCCCUUGACGGAGUUGGUGGACUCGGAGCGUCGAGCAUGCUUGGCGCGGCGAGCAAGGACAAGCCGGACGGGCGGAAACAGCUCGUCGGCGCUUGGCUCAAAUUGCUCGACUUGCUCGUCCUACAUGUCUUGCCGAAACUCGCCGAGUGGGAGGCUGCGGGCGACUUUGUGCGGCUGCAAGGGCAGGAGAACGGUGGGUGGGUGCCGGAUCAGCGGGUCGAGGCCACGCUCCGCCGACUCUCCGAGGUGCAGCAGGAAGAAGUGCAGCUCGCAGCCGCACGAGCCCAGCGCCAAAAGGACUUGGAGUUGGCGAAGCAGAAGCGAGCGUCUGAAGCGCGGCGGUCCUCCGACAAGGGCAAGGCGCGGGCGCGAGACUCCUCGUCGCCGCGAGACCCGCCUAGCAGCGGCUCCUCUGGCCCAUCGUCGCCGACCAAGGCGACGAAGCAGCCCCGGAGCAAGUCGAACACGCCUCGGUCCGGCAACUCCCCCAAGCCUUCCCCUGCGCUUCCUCCUCCUUCCUCUUCGUCAGCGCCCUCCGGUUUCGCAGGCAUGCGCGAGUCGCUCUCUUCAUACCUCUCCCACCCCGCAUCCACCACCACGCCCGCGCACCCGCCCCAACGCUCGUCCCCUCUCUCCUCCUUCGUCUCCUACCUCCGCUACCACUACUCGACCGACCCCGUACGACUACUCAGCAUCAUCUGCUUCGUCUUUGCUUUCAUGACCUGGGCGCGGCGGCGGAUGGCCCUGCGGAGAGCGAGGGGACAACGCGGGCUGGGCGUAUUCGACGCCAUGCGGUUGGCGGCGGCAAAGGUUGGUCAGACGAUCGGGAUGGCGACCAAGAUCACAGCGUUGUAG